AUCCGCCCCGGCUCCAACGUCUCCUCCCCAUUUCGAAUCCCCUCCGCCUCCCUCUUGGGCUGCGUUUUACACACAGAGAGGCGUAGCGUCAUCAUCUCGACUCCUCCUCGCCCCGCCCACCCAACCAGCCCACACGCGCAGGCAUGGCGACGUCGGCGGCGGAGGACCUGGAGGCGGGGGCGGGGUCUCCGAUCGCGGCGUUCGCGGUGGCCAAGGGCGGCGUCGUGCUGAAGCACAUCUUCCUCAACGGGCCGCCGACGGAGGCGGCGCGGCGCGGCGCGGAUGCGGAUCGGGCGGAGGAGGAGGCGGAGGAUCCGCCGGUGCUGUUUGGGCGGCACCCCGACUGCCACGUCCUCAUCGACCACCCCAGCGUCAGCCGCCGCCACCUCGAGGUCCGCUGCAAGCGGCGCCAGCGCCGGAUCACCGUCACCGACCUCUCCUCUGUGCAUGGGACCUGGAUCUCGGGCCAAAGGAUCCCACCAAACACGCUGGUGGAGCUGGUGGCUGGUGAUACACUGCAGCUCGGGGCCUCGAAGAGGGAGUACCGACUUCACUGGCUUUCCCUGCGCGAGGCAUUUGAGAUGGAUGAUCUGCUUCCACCACUUGUUGAGGAGGACAAGGAGGAGAUCCAUACUCAUCAGGAAGCACAGGAUCAGUUGGUGCCUGGGCAGAGGGAACCAAUGGAGACAAGAACUCAUCAGGAGACAAAACAUCAAGUGGUAUCAGAACAAACUGAAUGCUGGGCUAAAGUGAUCCCCUCGGCACCACCAUUGCCUGAGUCUUCACUCUCACAUUUUCAUGACAACAGAGUGGGAGUGAUAGGGGGGACGAUUGUUAGUGAGAAUUCAAUUACAGAAUCUGUUGGCUCUUCAAUAAUACAGGCAGCUGGAAAACCAGUCCAAUCAGACAAACAGAAAGCAUCAGGCACCAUGUCCCGAAGGGCCAAGUUGAAGUCAGUGAAGUCUCUUCACAUUGACACAGGAAGGAGAAGCAGGACUUUGAGCUACAGCUACAAGAACGAAGAAGCCCAAAAUGAGAAUCGUGUAUGUUCUCAAAACUGCAAGGGAGAAUGUGCAGCCUGCAUGGUUUUGUUUGAUAAUUUUGAUGUCAAAGCUGGAGAGAAGGAAAGGAUGAUUGCACCAGAAAAGGUCCACAUCAACCCCCAUGUCAUGGACAGCAGUACCAUGGAGAGGAAUCAAGAAGUGCCAAACCCUCUGAAUUUGGAGCGUUCGGAUGAAGAGAAGUCCAUACUGAAUUUUGCUAAGGAGACAGAGCAGCAUGACAUUUUCUCUGAAAAUUCUAUCCCACAAGAUUCAUUUGAUGCAAAACCACAGAUGGGACCAGAGUCGCCAUGUGCUGUUUCCCCUUCGGUUUCCAAAUACGGAACCUUUGCAAAUCAAAUCUCACAGCUGGAUUCUACUAUACAUAUGGAAUCCUAUGAGGCCAUGCCAGAAAAUCCUUUCACGCAUGACAUGAUUGAUGGAAAUACGAAUAGCCACCAAGAGAUGAAGCAUGAUGGUUUGUCCCAUCAUAAAUUGGAUGGAGUUCUGUCAAACAAGGAGAAAAUGGCCCAAAAUAAGAUUGUUGUGGAGGACUGUCAGCUUGAAGGCAUAAAUUUUGGGAGUAUAUUUGACAACUUGGAUAUAGAAGCAACUGAAGAAAAAGAAGAGAUCAGUCUACUGGACAAGGAGAAUACCACCCCUUAUGCCUCGAGCAACAUAACAUUUGAGAGGAGUCAGAUAAUGUUGAAGCCUACCAGUUCCCAAGAGUUGAUGGAUUCCAUUUCCCCUCUGAAUUUGGAACAUGAUGACUUUUCAGAGGGUGAAAACUCCGUGUUGAACAUUGUAAAGAAGAUGAAGUCAAAUGAACUUACAUCUGAAAAUCUUAUUCCGUUAAUGUCAGUUAAAAGAGAAUUUAUGCUCAUGCCGGAUGAAGAUUUCAAAAAUGACAUCAUUCUAGACAAGGAAAACUCAGUACCACCUGGAAAGUACAAUGCUGCUAUCUCCCCUGCGGAACAAGGAAACCUUUUUCUUGAUGAGAAUGUGGCACCUGCCUCCAUGGAUCUCAAGCCCAUUGCUGGGAAGGUUCUGGUGUCAGCAGAGUUCACUUCAAACAGGAGCAUCCAUCAAAGGGAAUGCAGUGAACUUUCAUCAGAAUAUGAUGCUACCUCCCCUGUGAGGCAACAAAACAUCUUUCCAGACAAGGAAAAUGUGACACCUCCCUCCAGAGUUCUCAAGUCCAUUGGUAGGAAGGUUCUUGGCUCAAGGAUGGAUAAUUCAGUGUCGGCCGAAUACACGCCAAACAGGAGCAUCAGUAAACGGGAAUGCAAUGAUCUAUCAUCAAAGUCCAAACGUUUCCACACAGUAGAUGCUGAAGCUUUCUAUUCAGAUAAGGAGAAUUUGACACCUAUAUCUACAGGAGGUAUGAAAGCGAGAAGUUGUCUUCCAAAGAACCUGUUCCCAGUGGAUGCAGACCAAGAUCAGAAGGCAUUCUGCUCCGACAAGGAGAACUCUACACCUAUAUCUACAGGAGCUCAGAAAACAAGGGAUGUGUCUGAAAACCGUGCACGAAUUGAAAGUGCAAUCACAAAGAAAAGGGUGGUAGAUAGGCUCCCUUUCCAGACUCUUCUGUCAAAUUCUCCCUUGAGACCAACUAGCUCAUUUGAUUGUACCCAGGCUGAUGCUAGUGAAGCUAAUCUCUCAAUCAGGUUGGAAGAUGAACUGAACAGCCUUCCACACAAAAACCACGAAUCAAAUAGGGUUGGAGAAGGGAUGAAAGUCUGGACCAUGUUGGCUGAUACCGAUUGUCUUCUUGAUGACGAAUCAAGGAAGUCUAUAAUGCUACUAAAAGGCAUAAAAGGAACUCAUCUGAUCAUACCAAGGAUUGUGAUGAGGGAGCUCGAAGGCAUGAAACAGCGGGAGGGCAUGUUCAAGAGGUCAUCAAAGGCCACCUCCAUAAUGCAAUGGAUCGAGGAUUGCAUGGAGAACGAGAGCUGGUGGAUCCACGUGCAGAGUUCUUCCGAGAUGUUGCCAGUAGCACCAACCCCACCUGCAACUCCUACAGAAACGCAACGCAACAGUGAAAAGAGUGAAGCCACCGCUGCCGGCGCCUUCAACUCAAUGCUGGCCCUCUUAUCACCAAGGAGCUUCACUGGCAUCUUCUCCCCAAGAAGCCUCACUGACAUCGAUUCCCCGAAGACCGAAGACCGUAUCCUCGACUGCGCCCUCCUCUUCAACAAGCUGAGAGGCAGUGGCCAGAACAUGGUCAUCCUGUCCAACAGCGUCAACCUCAAGAUCAAAGCCAUGUCCGAGGGCUUGCUGUGCGAGGGAGCCAAGGAGUUCCGGGAGACGCUGAUGAACCCUUGCUCUGAGAGGUUCAUGUGGGCGGCGAGCGUGCCGAGGGGGGCGGCGUGGUCACGCCUGGACGAGGCCGCACUGGCGGAGAACUACUACAACAGCCACCGUGAAUCCAGGAGGAAUGUCCCGAGGCCCGUUGAGGCUGCCAGGGGGCUCAAGCUGAUCCUGCUGCACAACAGCUCCUCCCUCUGCGCGCGUUCCGGCGACCAUCUCCGUCGCUGAGAAGACGCCACUGCGUUGCCCUCCUGGUGAGCAGUUGGCACGGUUCUUUCAAGUAGCAUGUGAAAGAAAAUGGCAGACAUAGUAACUGGUAAAUGAGUUGUUUGAUCCUUUCUGAUAUGCCUGGUGACUGAUGAGAAAUGUGAACUGUGAUGGAAGUUGGAAGACGAGAAUGUGAACAUGACAAGUCUUGGUACGUUUCUUCCUUGGUUUGGCACAAUCA